CCUCUCCAUCCCUUGCCUUCUCUCUCUCUGGGCUGGAGGAUGCUGCUGCUGUGGCUGCUGCUGCCCCUGCUGUCGCUGGGGCCGAGGUUGGGCCGGGCUUUCAACCUGGACGCCGGCAACGUGGUCCAGUGGAGCGGGGAGCCCGGCAGCCUCUUCGGCUUCUCCCUCGCCAUGCACCGCCAGCUGGAGCCCCAGGAGAGGAGGCUGUUGCUGGUUGGAGCACCUCGACAAAAAGCUUUCCCAACACAGCUAGCCAACAGAACUGGUGGACUGUACAGCUGUGAUAUUUUAACUCCAGAUGUGCCAUGCACACGUAUCAGAUUUGAUGAGAAAGCUGAUCUGAGCAAAGAAAGCAAGGAAGACCAAUGGAUGGGUGUAACAGUCCAAAGUCAAGGGCCUGGGGGGAAAAUAGUGACGUGUGCACAUCGCUAUGAGAAAAGGCAGUAUGUAAACACCGUUCAGGAGACGCGAGAUAUCAUUGGAAGGUGCUACAUACUGAGUCAGGAUCUCACCAUCAGUGAUGAUAUGGAUGGUGGGGAUUGGAGUUUUUGUGAUGGUCGCUUGAGAGGACAUGAGAAGUUUGGUUCAUGCCAGCAAGGUGUUGCUGCCACUUUUACCAGAGAUUACCACUAUGUUGUAUUUGGGGCACCGGGUACCUAUAAUUGGAAAGGAGUGGUUCGUGCAGAGCAAAAGAAUCAGUCAUUUUAUGAUUAUGGUAUCUUUGAUGACGGGCCUUAUGAAGUUGGUGAUGAGAGCCGGCGAGAUGAGAGCCUAGUUCCUGUGCCAGCUAACAGUUACUUAGGUCUUCUUUUUAUGACAAGUGUCUCUUACGCUAACCCUGAUCAGUUUGUGUACAAAACUCUACCUCCCAGCAUCAGAGUAGACAAACACACCGAUGUGAUGACGAAUAGCUAUUUAGGUUUUUCUCUGGAUUCUGGAAAAGGUAUCGUUUCUCAGGAAAAUAUCACUUUUGUUUCGGGAGCCCCAAGAGCAAAUCAUAGUGGAGCUGUUGUUCUCUUGAAAAAAGACAGUGAUCUCCAGAGGGCAUUGUCCCUUGUGCAUGUGUUCGAGGGUGAGGGCCUGGCUUCUUCCUUUGGCUAUGACGUGGCUGUUGUGGACCUCAACAGUGAUGGUUGGCAAGAUAUUGUUGUUGGAGCCCCCCAAUAUUUUGACAGAGAUGGUGAAAUUGGUGGAGCUGUGUAUGUUUACAUUAAUCAGCAAGGAAGGUGGGAAGGGGUAAAGCCAGUUCGCCUCAAUGGACCUGCAAACUCCAUGUUUGGGAUUGCGGUUGAAAAUAUUGGUGAUGUUAACCAAGAUGGCUUCCCAGAUAUUGCUGUGGGAGCUCCAUAUGAUGGAGAUUUUGGCAAGGUGUAUAUAUAUCAUGGCUCCAAGAAUGGAAUAAUUACAAAACCAGCACAGGUUCUUGAUGGCGAAGCAAACAGAGUUGCAUUCUUUGGUUAUUCUAUCACUGGAAAUAUGGAUCUAGAUAAAAACUCCUACCCUGACAUUGCUGUUGGAUCCCUUUCAGAUUCUGUAUCUGUCUACAGAUCGAGGCCUGUGGUAAACAUUAAGAAAACUAUUGAGAUAUCUCCAGACAGAAUUGACCUGAACAUGCAGAACUGCCGUGAGCCCAGUGGGAUUUGCAUGAACGUGAGAGCCUGUUUUGAAUAUACAGCGAAUCCCAAGGACUUCAACCCCAAAAUAAUUUUGAACUAUGCAUUUGAAGCAGAAAAUUUAAGGCGGCGAUUAGGUUUGCCAUCCAGGGUACACUUUUCCAAGCGUCAGUCGGAUCAGUUUAGUGGAACUGUGACUCUUGCAGGGCAGAAGAAGGAAGAAUGUGUGACUACAUCGCUUGUACUGCAGGAAAAGAUCAAAGAUAAACUGCGUCCAAUUCCUGUAACGGUCGGGGUCACAAUUAAUGGCUCUGAGUCCAGCUCAUCAUCUAGGAGGAGGCAAGGAAGGUCACUUCCAGACCUUGUUCCAAUACUCAAUUCAAACGAGCCAAGCACCGUAAAUGCAGAAGUGCAGUUCCUAAAAGAAGGUUGCGGAUCAGACAAUAUAUGCAACAGCAAUUUAAAGCUUCAUUACAGAUUUUGCACCAAAGAAGGCAAUGAAGACAAAUUUGCCUACUUCCCAAUGGAAAACAAUGUUCCAGUGCUUGUCCUCAAAGACCAGAAGGAUAUUGCUCUUGAAAUCACAGUGACAAAUAGUCCAUCUGAUCCAAAAAAUCUCCAGAAAGAUGGCGAAGAUGCUCAUGAAGCCAAACUCAUUGCUACCUUUCCAGAUAGUUUGACUUAUUCUGCUUUCAGGGAGCACAAAGGCUUUCCAGAGAAACAGCUGAUCUGUGGUGCUAAUCCAAAUGGUUCUCAAGUGGAGUGUGAACUUGGAAAUCCUUUCAAAAGAAAUUCUAAUGUAACAUUUUAUGUGAUUUUAAGCACAACUAAAGUUAACGUUGAUACAAGGGAUUUGGACAUUAAUUUGAAACUGGAAACAACAAGCAAUCAAGUUAAUUUGGAUCCAAUUACUGCUAGUGCUAAAGUGGUUAUUGAAUUGCUUUUGUCACUCACAGGAGUUGCUAAGCCUUCCCAAGUGUACUUUGGAGGUACUGUGAUUGGUGAAAGUGCUAUGAAAAUUGAAGAUGACAUUGGUAGCUUAAUUGAAUAUGAAUUCAGAAUAACCAACUUGGGGAGGCCACUGAAAACAUUUGGCACAGCCUUCUUGGACAUAUUGUGGCCAAAAGAACUGAAGGGAGGGAAGUGGCUGCUGUACUUGGUGUCAAUACACUCCAAAGAAUUAGGGGAACUCCAUUGUGAACCUCCACAUGAAAUAAAUCCUUUGGGAAUUGAGACUUCUCGAAAUUUAAGGACAAAACGUGAAGUUGCAGAGAAGCAGACAGAAGGUGGCAAAAGGCUUUCUUUGCUUUCAGAAAGAAAAUAUAAGACUUUGGAAUGUAACGGGGAGGCAAAAUGUGUCAACAUAAGAUGCCCCUUGCAAGGCUUGGACAGCAAAGCAUCCAUAAUGCUGCGUUCAAGACUGUGGAAUAGCACUUUUCUUGAGGAGUACUCCAAAAUGAACUAUUUAGACAUUCCUCUUAAAGCUUCAAUCAGUAUUGCUGCUGCAGAUAAUAUUAAACUGGCAAAUGAAGCUACUAAUGUACGGGUCACUGUCUUUCCUGCAAAGACUGUAGCAUUAUAUAAAGGGGUUCCUUGGUGGAUCAUCUUAAUAGCCAUUCUUGCAGGAUUGUUGAUGCUUGCUCUACUGGUAUUCUUACUAUGGAAGUGUGGAUUCUUCCAGCGUUCCAGGUACGAUGACAGCAUCCCCCGCUACCAUGCUGUAAGAAUUCGGAAAGAGGAGAGGCAGAUCAAAGAUGGAAAAACUAAAGUGAAAAAACAAUGGAUCACAAAGUGGAAUGAAAAUGAAAGUUAUUCCUAGGGGGAAAUCUCCACACACCCUGUACUGAAGACUUAAAAAUGGCUUUUAAGGUGUCUGAUUCACACAGUGGAUGAAUGGAAGAAGACUAGUAUAAAAAAUGGCUGCCCCUUUUUUGUAGAUUUAUAUCAAAGUUUUUUGUUUUGUUUUACAGAUCAAAAUGCUAAGCCUGUCUAAACCAAUUUCUGUGUCUUACUUAAAAUGUCCACUUUUUAAAAAUAUAUAUAUAAUAAUCAGCUUUUUUAUCUUGAAAGGGAGAGCGGAGUCUUCAGAAGUAGUUACAAAGAAAAGUCCCCCCUUUCUUUCUACAGAAUAAAACUGUCCAGGGCCCUCUCAGUGGAUCUGUUUUCUUCCAGCACAUCUUUUGUACUUAUGUUCCUGGCUGCUUACUGGCUGCCUUACUAGAUCCUUUGUCAUCUCCCUUCUGCAAGGCAUACACAAUGGCAGCUAGUGGACUUCAGAGAGGGAAAAACAGCCCAUUUGUGGCCAGCAGGGUGAAACUGGAUGUGUGUGCUCAGUGUUGUUUAGUGUUAGUCAAAAGACAGCUGAAGUAACCUGAAUCCUCAUAUGGCUCAUUAGGGAUCCCUGCCAUAGAAUGAACUAUGUGUUAUGUCUGACCUUCUAAGUCUGAAUUUCCUAUUAGGUUUUCCCUCAGACUGUCUGGAGUGCUCCCUUGCCCUCUACUGAACAGCAUGAUCCCCACUCCAACCUGAAUGAAAGAUCAUGAGAUCCAUUUUCCUAACUUGGAAUGUUCCUGUACUUCAAUUUGUUAGUCUUUGUUAUUUGAAUGGUGGAAGGGGAAACCAGUUUACAUGAACUCUUACUUUUUUGUGGUUUGGAGUAGUGCCUUGCCAUGCAUUGUUUUAGGGUUUUUUAAAAAUAGUAUGAGACUCUUGUGUGAUUGAGUUUUAUGAGCUCUUUUUCCUUCUUCCACUUAGAUUGCCUUUGCAGCUUGAUUUGCAUUUCCUCACAUUUGUGUGAGGAGGUUUUAUUGAAUGUCUAAAAUGAAAAGUAGGCUUUCAAAUCUUUCAGGUUGUCUUGCUGACCAACAUCCUAUCCACAAACUGGAAGUCUCCCCCCAACCCUAAACAGAGCUUGGGAAAACAACCUUUUAGUACUGUAGCUCCCAGUAUUCUGCAGCCAUGCUGGCUGGGAGAUUCUGGGAAUUACAGUCCAACAAAGUAGCUUUUCCAAGCUCUCUGAUUCUCAGACACAUGGAAGCUGAUUGUGAUUAUUCAGAGUGAGAGGAAUUCUGCACACAACCAGGGCUUAUUGUUCCACAUUAUACAGCUAAAGCCUUGUCACUGAAAACUGAACUCUAAUAGGUCCUGGCUCAAACUCAGUCUUUCCCCUUCAUCUGCAGCAAAGGUCUUGGGGUCUUUCCGUUUUCAUGGAACAAAUGGUAGUUUGGAUUUUGAAACUUUUUGUGAGAUACCUCCUCACCCCAGAAAAAAAAAAGCAAACCUUAUAUCUGAUCAGAAUAUAAGAGUGUCCUUUACAUUUGUAAGGCUUUGGUGCAUUUGGUUUUUCCUCCGGAAAUAGGUGUGUGUGUUCCUGUUAAAAUAUAUAUGAUGGAUCUAGGCUAUGUUAGUUGCACAUAGUUCUUAUUUAAAUAAAUGGGGCCUUAAAUUUAGCCUUGACUAGCUAGUCCUGUUAAUCUCCAUGGGAACAAAGUCAGCCUGUAUCCCAUCCCAUAUGCUCAAAAGCUGAUGCAAUUUUUAUGGCUUCAUUUCUAAAUGACAGGUGCUGAGGUUCAACUUUGUCUGGACAUCAUACUCAUGUGUAAGCCAUCCUUUUUGUUCUAUGGCUGUAGAGACUAGCUGAUCUUUCACAAUAGAGACUCCAUGGUAGCCUAAAUGUUUUGCAAAUCACUUUUUUCUUUGGUAUAUUCCAAUUCUAAAGUGGGGAAGGGAGGGAGUUAAGCCAUUACAGCUCUGCUACCCAUAAAACUACAAGUGUAUACAGUGGUGCUGACUUGUGUUUUUCAGGUGAAUGAAAGAUCACUAAAUCUGCUAAUUCCUUCUCCUAAAACUCACGUGUGCCCAUGGUAAUUAGUGUGAUCGUAUAUGUGCAAUAGGUCAUGUUUCAGUAAUGUUUUAAAAAUCAAUUUGUGUGAAACCAUUGCUCACACCAAAUAUACACAGGUUUAUUUUUUAAAGCUUGAAUACUCGUUGUACUUUUUUGUAUAUAAUGUAAGUCAUUCUUAUAUAUUUAUUUUUACUAUAAAUCUUUGUCUUGGACUAAAUGUUAAGCCAAAGAUUUUAAAAUGGAUUUUAAAACUGGUGCGCAAUAGUGUAUAAACAAAUACAGAUUUAUUAACAGUUGAAUCCUGUAGAUGCCUUCCCCAAAAUGAGUCCCACUGAAUUCAUUGAGACUUACUCCUAGGUAGGUGUGUAUAGGAUUGCAGCCUAAAAAUGAACACUUUCUACCACAUGUGCCAAUAAUUAAACCCUUGAAUUUCAAUGACUAAAACAUUCUAGGAAAGCUGUUCUUUACAUAUUUCUGGUUAUGUAGUAGAGAAGUGUUGUUGUCUUCUAAGUAACUGCACUAAUGCAUACUUACAGAUGUUUUAUCUAUAAAAAUUUUAUAUGACUAACUUAACAGAAAAUAAGACAAGUAUUCAUUGACACAAGGGAAAGAUUUUCUAAUACUGGCUUUGGAACAAGAUUUAACUACUGCAGAUGCUAUAGCACUUGAAAGAAGAAAUAAGCUCCAAAAUUUAACUGUGGAUCUGUACUGAUCCAACUUAAGACUACUGAGUAAAUGUCCUAAACACCUAAAUUUUAAUUGUAAGUAUAGUUCCACACACUUGUGCUGUUUAAUACUUGUGAUUGUAACACAGUAUGUGCAGUAUUUUAAAGCUACAUCUUUAAAAAUGUUGGUACUGUUAAAGAAAGAAUUAUAAAUGUGCUGUAACAUUUACUGUAUAUGAAAUAUAAACAAAACUUUUAAUAUGUUUGAGAAGGGAUGAAAACUAUGCAAACCUUUAAAUAUUUACCCUAAGAAACCAGGAUGCUUGUGCUCUGUAGACAUACCACAAAACGUUAUUUGGAACAAGUGAUUUCUAAGGUUUGGUUUCUGGUUCUUAAUUUCAGUUUUCCACAUUCCAUUUUUAUUGUUAUCCAAACAAUUGUUCAACUGCACACUUUAUACAAAAUCUUAAUUUGUUUGAAAGGUGUUUAUUAAAUGUGAAAAUUAUUUUGUCAGUUAUUGUUCUAAUGCCUGACACUGUUGUCCACCAAAACCUGCUGCUUCUAUGUCAACCAACCCUAUUCAUUUAAAUAGGGAUUACACAAGGUCACUAUGGCAGCAUGUAUGGUGGGUAGCAUCUUAUCAUUUCAAAUCCCAUCUUUGUGCUUUGACUUAGUCACUUGAAAAUACAGAACUUGGAAACACUGCUGCAUUUAAAAAAACACAACAAAAACACCCACAAUUAUGACUGAUGUCUGGUCAAAAAGAGCAAAUGUAUGCAGUGUUGAAUUGGGGCCGGCUUAAAGGAAAAAUGUCAUCUCAAGUCACAUCACUGUUAUAUAUUCAUUUUAUACAUUGACUGUUACUAACAUCUAAUGUUAAAUCAUGGCUUAAAAUGACCUGUGGAUAUUUCUAUAAAAGCGUGAAAAUAAAUUUUGUAUGAAAAGCUC